CAAUGAAAGAGAAGCAAGCUGCCGGUGUUCAGAACAGCUGUAUCAGAUUGUUUGCUACAAUGAAAGGACAUUGAUUCAACAGACAUGAAUGCAAGGAGAAGAGGUGGGAAGCCAAACAGAGGAGGGGGGAGGUUUAACAAGUCAAAAGGAGGUGGAGGACGAGGAGGAGGAGGUGGUGGCGGCGGCGGAGGUGGAGGCAAGAAAGGAGGAGCUGCGUGCUGGGAUGAUGAGGAUGAUUUCAGCCUUGAUUUUGGAGCCCCUCGUUCGAGCAGACCUAGCAGAGGAAGAGGUGGAGGUGGAGGCGGUGGCGGCCGUGGAGGUGGCGGCCGUGGAGUUGGCGGCCGUGGAGGCGGCGGCCGUGUAGUUGGCGGCGGCCGUGGAGGUGGCGGCGGCCGUGGAGGUGGCAGACAUGAAGGUGGCAGAGAUGCAGGUAGAGGAAGGGGAGGUAGAGAUCGAGACAGGGACAGCAGCAGCAAGGCUCUGCCGAGGUCUCUUGCGAGGACCAGAACAUACCCACAGUCAGGGGAGAGCACGAGGCCAGAGGCGAGCACCAUGCCCUUGCAGAGGAUCUUCAUGACUAAUGAGAACCAAGAACAACUCAAGGAGCUGCUGCGGGAGCUGCAGACCCAGGACUUCGAUGAGACCUAUGAUGAAUCUGGUUCUGAUUAUACGGGGAGUGAAGAGGAAGAGGUGGAAUUUGAUGAGCUGGACCACCGUGAGGACGGCCAGUUCUGGGCCACUAAUGAUGAGCCUGUGGAGAGGGCAGAGAGCCCAGCAUAUGAUCCAGAAUCUGAUGAUGAGCGGCCCACCCCUGAGCCUGUCAUCUCCUUAUUCGCGAUAGCAAAACUCUGCAGGUUCGGGUUUGACAGGGAGCGCGGCAAGCAGGCACUUGAGUCCGGCGGAGGUGAAUUUGGCACCACUUUGGAACAGCUCCUCCACCAGGUUUACAGCGAGCGCUUCGGCCAAAAAGCUCUUUCCGUUGAUGGCCUCAAAAGCGUUCCUAUGGAUGACUGUUUGAGCCAGAGGCAGGAAGAAGCUCUGGCUCUAGCUGCCAUAUACGGGGAGCGCUUCAGUGAGCGCAUCGCUAAUUCAGUCUGGACUGUAACCCUGGACCUCUCGUUCCUCUUAGACAAUGCCGACAAGAAUGGCGAGCGAGUCUGGGGCCGAGGUGGUGGUGGUGGUGGAGGAGUUGUUAACAUACGUGAUGUCUGCAAAUUCUUCUUGAAAGGGCAGGGCUGCCGCUUUGGUGAGAAAUGCAAGUUCAAGCACCAGCUCCCUACUAAAGAAAGAUCCGGGGCUGGCUCCCCAGACCUGAUGGGCCUGAGCCAGCCCGGCGUCAGCAGCUAUUCUCCUCCUGAAUAUGAACUCCAGAUCCGUUUUCCCAAAGGAAACCGUUACCCCUUUCAGGCGCCGAUAGUUGCCUUUAGCACCACCGACGAGUCUGUCGGAGCUGCAGGGAGGCUCAGUGUGACAGAGAGAUUAUUUGGAGAAGCGUUGGCAGCAGCAAAGAGCAGCGAGCCGGUUGUUUACACUCUGAUCACCAUAUGUGAGGAUGAAAACAUGAUGAAGGAUCUGCUGGCUGUCGGUCAUCACAAAUACAGCACGCCCCCGCCUGUGGUGGUUGUUCCUCCACCUCCUGUUGCCAUAGCAAAGAGUAAGAGUAUGAGGAGCAAUGCAACUGAGGAAAACAGGGGUAGUAGUAGCAGCAGCAGUAAUCACUCCAGCAGCAGACGGAGUGCUCCACCUAACAACCAGAGACCCAUAGAUGUGAAAGAGACAACAGAAGCAGAGGAGCUGGAUGACCAGGAUGAGGAAGAUGAGGAGGAAGCUGUUCCAGUCGAGAGCGAGAGUUAUGUCAAUUUGAGGAAGAAGAUGGUGAAUAAGCACAACCUGAAGCUUGACAACCUACUUCAGGAAAACGGCAAGCUGUGCCGAGAAUUCCAGAAGAAGCAGUCAUCAAGGCGCUUCAGGUCUAUGUUUGAGCAGAGGAGGAAGCUGCCAGCUUGGCAAGAAAGGGAGAACAUUCUCGACCUUUUGGACCGGUGCCAGGUGCUGGUGGUCAGCGGGAUGACGGGCUGUGGUAAGACCACUCAGAUCCCUCAGUUCAUUCUCGACUCCACAUUGAAAGGUCGAGCGGAUGAGGUGGCAAACAUCAUCUGCACUCAACCUCGGCGCAUCUCUGCCAUCUCUGUGGCCCAGAGGGUGGCAGAGGAGAGAGCAGAGAGUCUGGGCAACUCAGUGGGCUACCAGAUCCGCCUGGAGAGCGUCAGGACGUCUGCCACCCGACUGCUGUACUGCACCACAGGCGUGUUACUGAGGAGACUGGAGGGCGAGGCAGACCUUACAGGCGUCACACAUGUCAUUGUGGAUGAAGUGCACGAGCGCACAGAGGAGAGUGACUUCCUGCUGUUGGUUCUGAAGGACCUGAUAGUGCAGAGGCCUGACCUGAAGGUCAUUCUGAUGAGUGCCACACUCAACGCAAACCUCUUCUCUGAGUAUUUUUACAACUGUCCCACCAUCCACAUACCAGGUCGUACUUUUCCUGUUGACCAGUUCUUUCUUGAAGACGCAAUUGCUAAAUCUCGUUAUGUCAUUGAGGACGGCAGCCCUUACAUGCGCUCAGGGAAACAGAAUUCGUCUUCCUCAAGUGGACGAGGAAGCAAAGCAGAUCCUCGGGACCUGGUGGAUGACUUAGGUGACGAUAUGUGGAACUACAUGUCUUUCUGUAAGAAGGACUUUGUCAAAGACUCCAUUCCAGACCAGCAGCUCGGUCUGCAGGAGCUCACACUCAGAUACAAAGAUAUUAAGAAGCCUGUGCUGAAGACCAUGGCAGCGAUGGACCUAGACAAGAUCAAUAUGGACCUGGUGGAGAACCUGCUGGAGUGGAUUGUGGAUGGAAAGCAUGGCUACCCUCCAGGUGCGGUGCUCGUGUUUCUGCCGGGCCUGGCUGAGAUCAAGAUGCUCUAUGAACAGCUGAAGUCCAACAGAAUGUUCAACAACAGAGGGCCAACUAGGUGUGAGGUGUACCCACUUCACUCAACCUUGUCCAAUGAGGAGCAGCAGGCAGUCUUCAGCCGACCACCCGAAGGUGUCACAAAGAUCAUCAUCUCCACCAACAUCGCCGAGACCUCUGUAACCAUCGAUGACGUGGUGUAUGUGAUCGACUCUGGCAAGAUGAAGGAGAAAAGGUAUGAUGCAUCUAAAAGCAUGGAGAGCCUGGAGGACUCUUGGGUGUCUCGGGCCAACGCGCUGCAGAGGAAGGGUCGAGCCGGUCGCGUGGCCUCGGGGGUCUGCUUCCAUCUCUUCACCAGUCACUGCUUCCAACACCAGCUGGCUGAGCAGCAACUUCCCGAGAUCCAGAGAGUGCCUCUAGAGCAGCUCUGCCUCCGAAUUAAGAUCCUGGACGUGUUUGCCGAGCGGACGCUGGAGUCUGUUUUCUCUCGCCUGAUCGAGCCCCCGGCUAUGGAAAGCUUGGAUGCAGCAAAGCAGCGCCUGUGUGACCUGGGAGCUCUGACUGCAGAUGAGAAACUGACCCCACUGGGCUACCACCUGGCUUGCCUUCCUGUCGAUGUACGAAUCGGGAAACUCAUGCUGUUUGGUGCUAUCUUCCGCUGCCUUGACCCGGCACUCACCAUCGCUGCCAGUCUGGCCUUCAAAUCCCCGUUUGUUUCACCAUGGGAUAAGAGAGAAGAAGCCAAUGAAAAGAAAGUGGCCUUUGCUGUGGCCCAAAGUGACCAUCUGGCUUUGUUACAGGCUUACAAGGGAUGGUGCUGUGCUGCAAAAAAUGGCAACAAGGCCGGCUUCAGCUACUGCAGGGAGAACUUUCUCUCGUGGCGAGGCCUACAGGAAAUUGCCAGUCUGAAGAGGCAGUUUGCUGAGCUGCUGUCUGACAUUGGCUUCAUCAAGGAGGGACUGAGGGCCAGGGUUAUAGAUCGCAUGAGCACCAAAGGCACUGAUGGUGUUCUGGAGGCAACAGGCCCUGAGGCUAACUUAAACUCAGAAAACAUCAGGCUAAUGUCUGCCAUGCUUUGUGCUGCCCUCUAUCCCAAUGUGGUUCAGGUACGAGCUCCUCAGGGUAAUUUCAAGAUGACCAGCAAAGGUGCGAUGAAGAUGCAGCCCAAAGCCAACGAGCUCCGCUUCAUGACCAAGGAUGACGGCUGUGUGCACGUGCAUCCCUCCUCAGUCAACUACACUGUUCGGCACUACAACAGCCCCUACCUGGUGUACCACGAGAAGGUGAAGACGAGCCGCGUGUUCAUCAGGGACUGCAGCAUGGUGUCCGUCUACCCGCUGGUGCUGUUUGGGGGCGGGCAGGUCAACAUGGAGCUGCACAAGGGAGAGUUUGUCAUCUCACUGGAUGACGGAUGGAUCCGAUUCGCUGCUUCUUCUCAUCAGGUGGCAGAGCUGGUGAAAGAGCUGCGCUGGGAGCUGGACCAGCUGCUGGAGGACAAAAUCAGGAGCCCGAGCAUGGACCUGUGCAGCUGCCCCCGCGGCUCCCGCAUCAUCCGGAUGAUUGUUCACCUCAUCACCACACAAUAACACUGCUCCUAAACAAACCACUUCUAACCCGUUAUGUCAUCCCUGAUGGCUUGAAUGCAUGAAGCUCUGCAGUAAAAAAAAAAAAAAAAAUGUCUUUCUUGCUCCUGAGAUACUGCCAUGAAGUGAUUUUUAACAACAUGUUACUCUAACAGUUAGGGGUGAAGCUAGGACACCUGGUUGAGGUGCUGCAUCUCACCACCCUGCUGCAAGCUGACACUUCAACUGAAGUAUCACUUCACAAGAAAACAAAGCUACCUUGUUGAUGCACUUGAGGCUUUGUGAAGCAAAUAUUGCCUUUUAAAGAAAAACACAUGGCACUAUUAUGGUGAGCAACAAACCUCCAUUAUAGUAUUUGCUGGGAAAGGAGAAGUUUUAGAAUGCCAUAAAUUGGCACACAAAUUGUGGCUGAAUUUGAUGUCAUAUUUGUAUAGUGUAUUUUUAUUUUGAGUUGUGUCUUUCCCACAACUGAGAAUCUCCUUGGGUCCAUAUUGGAAUAGUUAUUCUCACAGUGGCUGCAGAAUUGUUUUGGUUGUGUGAGUAUUUAUUUUUAUUGCAUGACAGGAAAAUCCAAGCGCUUCUGCAUGGUAUUUACAUUUACUGAAUGUAUUUAAGUGUAACAAUGAUGUCAGACCUACAUUUUCACCAUGUGAAUGCAAGGGCUUUUUAAAAUCAGGACAACUUGGAAACAAUCGCCAAAGACUUUGAGGCUUUCUUUUGUCUUAACGAGUGGUGAAUUCCACUGCACACUGCAACAAAAAUAAAACAAAAAAAGGAAAGGAUA